AGGAAUUUCCGUGUUGUUUCAAGGUGAUACUGCAAAGACUUUAUUCAAACAGUAGCGGUUAUUAAGAAGUUGGCCACCAUGUCAAACACUGGACUACCGAUGCUGCUGCUGGACGAUACGGUCAACGAGGACGAUGAACAGCUGCAGCAGGAGAUGAACGACAACGCGUACGCGGGAAUCCUGGCGGCUAUCCUGGCCAGCAGCAGGCGCGCCGCCGAAGUGAACCGCUGCAAUCAGCUGAACACGAUCAACACCAAUAAAACGCUCGACUGUAAAUUCGACCGGUUGAUCUCGGAGGUGGGCGAUUUGCGGUGUGCCAUCGAGGAGAAGAUCGACAGCAUCAACCGAAAGAUCAAGCAAACCAAUCGGUUGUUCCAAGCCAGCCAGGACUACGAGAAGCGCUCCGGAAAGAUUUGCGAGCUGGUGCUGAUGGGUAUUCCCUAUCGGCAGGGUGAAAAUUUGCGUGAAUAUUUUGUGAAGAUUUGUAGAGUUUUAAGAUUUUCGGAGCAAGAGAUUCCGCUGGUGUACAUCAGAAGACUGCUGAACGGUGGUGCCAGUGGGUCCGGGAGUGAGGCAAAGUUGAAGAUUCCUCGCUACAGUCAGGCAAUUUUGGAUAAUUUGAAAAUUCGCGCUAACUCAAAGUCGACGGCUUCCUCGAGCCAGAAAACACCGAACGAGUCGAUAAUUGUGGUGCAGUUUGUGUUCCGAAAUGCUAGGCACGAGUUCUACCGGCGUUACUUGGACCAUAAGGCGCUAAGCCUGCGUGAUAUCGGACUCGAAAGUGGAUCGAGGAUAUUUGUGAAUGAAAAUCUCACUCGCUCCAAUUUGGGACUGAAGGCGGAAGCAAUGAAAAUGAAACGCGAGGGCAAGCUGAAAAACGUUUUCACUGUGAACGGGCAGAUCUACGUGCGGCGAUCGAACGAACACCGAUCGGAACUGGUGACCAGCACCGUUGAUCUGCUGCUGAUGGACGAGAACAAAAUGAAAAGCAACAAAGAAAACUAUCCGCGCGUUCUGGAGCAUAUCAUCCACACGCAACCGUAUGUGCUAAACCGAGACUACAAGGAGAUCCUGAACACUCUAGACAUCGUAUCCAGCGAUUCAGAAAUCUCGGUACGGUCCAGUCUAUCAUCAUGGUUGCAGCGACUCUGCGUGAGCUGCCUCGAUCGGGAGCAAAGUGUGAACAGCGAGUUCGGCCGAUGUUUGCUGGAAAAGGUGCUGAACAUCACCAUCCGAUACCUCACAGAUGAACCGGGGGUUCGCUGUGGUGCCUUCGAAACGCUCAGCUACCUGAUCGAGAAGGGCUUCCUGGACAAGACGACCACGGAGGAAACGGUCUGCCCGGUGGUGGAAAAACUCAGCCGCAAACCGCUGGACACGUUCGACGAGGAACUGUACGCGAUCUUCAUACACCUGAUGGUGAAGAUUGUCCCGAUCGUUGGAUUCGCCAAAACGUACGAGCUGGUGUACGAUCGGUUCGUGGAAAUGUGCCGCUGCAAGGAGCAUUUUGUCCGGCGAGAGUGCGCCACCGCGUUUCCGGUUAUGUGCGAGGUGCUCGGCGAUGAGCUGUUCGAGAAGAGUAUGUUGCCAAUUUUCUUGAAACUGUGUGACGACGAGAUAUGGACCGUGCGGAAAGCGUGCGCCGAGGUGCUCCCGAUCGUUGCCUUGCUCUGUACCCUGGACAAGCGGCGGAAGGUUUUGGUUCCGGCUAUGAAGAAGUUCAUGUUCGAUCCCAGUCAGUGGGUUAUCAUGGCAGCUUUGAAGAACUUAGGCCAAUUCCUCACAACCUUCACCCAGCUGCGAGUGCUUGGUCUUGCCUACAACAGCAACCUGGAACUGAUGGUGACGAAUGCCGCCGACCAGCAGUCCUUCCAGCAGUUGGACAUGCGGCGUGUAACCUACGGCAACCAGCCGUCGGCGGAUGUACUGUUGAAGAACUUCGAGUGCUACGAGAAACGCUUCCGGGAUUCCAUUCAGCGGUACGCUCUGCUGUCGCUGGUCAAAUCCAACGAGGAACCGUGGAAAGCCCGCGGCGAUGACAUGAUCAACGUGGAAGUGUAUUUGUACUCGAUAGUCUAUGCCGUCCGGUGCUCGGAUCUAGCUUCCCUCGGGUCGAACUCGGACGUCGGAGGUAUUUCGAAAAUUUCCGAAUUCUCUUACAAGUACUACGUGAGGAAGUCGCUGUCGUCCAGUUCCCUCUGUGCUCCUCCACCUGUCCAGCUGCAUCGUGGCGGGAGAAAUUACGACGAAAAAAAUCCGCUCAACCGAUUUUUGCGCUAUUGUUGGCCACUGAAAAACAAUUUCUCGGAUGCAUUCGCCAAGCAGGGAAGCAGUGGCAAUGGUCGUGGCAGCGAGUCCGACGAUUACCGUGAGGAUUGGGAACUCAACGAGGACGAUUUAUCAGAGCUGGCCAUACAAAUCCAGAUGAAUUUGCGCGCUCACGACGCUGGCGAUGGAGGAGGAACUGCUGGAUUUAGCGAUAAUACUAGCAACAAUAGCGGCAGCAGCAGCAGCAACAGUAACAACAACGUCAAUAAUAACCAAUGUGUGCCUGAAGCUGAAGGGGAAGAGAAGAAAGCAGAGAAAAAACCAUCCGAACAGAAUUCCCACUUCGGAGAGCACCCAUCGGAGGACGAAUCCGUCGAUCAAAGCUUUAAUUCGCACCAAUUUUGGUACAUCAGUCCGGAACUGCCACUCGAUCUCGACUUUAUCGAUGCGAAUACGCUUGGCAAAGAUGGCAAUAGCAAUAAGAACUCCGACAUCAGCAAUAACAACGCAAUCGGCGCUUCCACUUCAAAUGCUUCCUCCUGUGCUGCUACUCCCAGCGCCAAAACUGAACUAGAGUGCCAGGAAGACAACAAAAAUAAUAACUCCAAGGUGGCCUCGGAUGCGAGAGAUACGACUAACGCUCCCGUAGAAAGUGAAGUCAUGCCAGAAAAUGAUCCUGCCAAUGAUAGUGAUUCGUCCUACGGUAGCAUCAACAAUUCGGAGUCCGAAAAACUGGACAUCGACGUCGAACGUUACUGUUCCGAUCUUAAGCAGCAACACCAAAAGACCACUGCCGGCAGCGUCGGAUCGUUCCAUCAGCAUCUGGAUGCUGUCAGUGCGGGGAUUGGAGCUCUCGCUAUCGGCAAGGAAAGCGAACGCCUUAAAGAUUUGAUCAAAUGGCAAAACGAAGAGGUAGAGUGGAAUCUGCUGGAGGAUUUCGUCCAUAUGAAAAACAUCAACAAGGAACUGUGCUACGAGUGUGCGUAUAAUUUUCCUGCCAUCGUGCUGACCUUUGGCGAGAAGUUUUGGCCUAUUUUAAGCAGUCACUUUUUUGCGCUCUGUAACGAUAUCCAGACCACGGUUCGCCGGACGAUGGCCGCCUCCAUCAGUAAGGUUGCACUGAUAAUCGGCCGUGAGCACGCCACUCGCGACCUUGUGGCACCGUACACGGAGUUUCUGAUGGACUCGGAUGAAAUUAAAAUCGAGGUGGUGAAUACGUUGGCCGAGUUUCUCAAAGUUAUCGACGGAAGCGAACACGAAACGCUCAUGGACCAGAUUAGUCUGUGCUUGAAGCCGCCACUCAACAUGAUGAACUGGCGCUUCCGUGAGGCUAUCGCACGUCAGUUGAUUCAACUGGUUAAGAUACACACGAAGAUUCGCAAGGAAAAUUGUCUGCUGUACCUGACGGGCCUUGCGAUGCGUCUGAUGAUGGACAAGUACGACUUUGUGCGGAAAGCGGGAGUGGAUGCGUUUGUCGAAUGCACGCAAGAAUUUCAGAAGAAUGGGGCGGUAUUCAAAUUCUUUACUGAACAUUUUGCCAACAACGUGUUUUGGCGUCGCCGGCAGACCUAUAUUAUUACGGCAGGAAAAAUGUUGGAGACUGGUAACAUCGAAGUGGAAACAUUCCGCAAAUAUGUGCUCAACAAUAUUCUAGCUCUGGUGGGUGACACUGUGCCCAAUGUCAGAAUACAGCUAGGCAAGUGCCUGAAAGAUAUCAUCCUGCCACAUGCAAGCUUUUCUCCGACCUGCCCGGAUGCCGACGCCAUCGAACAGGUGUUAGCCAAGUUACGCUCCGAUCCGGACCGGGAUGUUCGCGGCCAAAUCGAUGGGUAUCACUGCCCAGAGGACGAUUCCAUUGCAGCUGGUGCCCCGGAAAUGACUGCCACCGGUUCCACCAUCGAUUCCGGCUCGAGUUCGUCAACUUCUUCCACCUCAUCGCUGUCGUCUCCUCCCCCACCACCGCAUCCCGCUACGACGGAGGAAUCGGAAGAACAACACCAGCAGCAGCAUCAUCAUCAUCAGCCGCAACAGCUGGAGUUUCCAAACCUUAGCAACGAUACGUGGUACUUCGAUGUUAACCAGCAACAGGAGUACGAGUUUUAAAAGAAUGGCAUCGCUCACAUAUUACGCUAUCUGUAGGCACCUACCUAGGAAUUAAGGAACAAAACCUGUCAUCCACCUGAAAUUAUUAGCUAUUAGUUCAAGUCCACAGUUUUUAGGAGCACCUAAUACGCCGCCUUUUUCAAAUUAAAUUACCCAACGCUCAAUUGUAUAGAAAUCAAGAAAAACAACCUGAUUGGGUAAUUGUCUUUUAAUUCGAUCCAAACGCGGCAAGGAAAGUAUUCUGUUUUUUUUUUUAGUUUGUUUUUAACUCAACAAAACCGAAACAUUUCUUUUGAUAUUCCAAAUGUACAAUCUUGAAGCGCGAGCUUGAAAACGGCCAAAUGUGUGUACUCUGAUACUAAAAAUCAUUAUUUUACUUCAGACUGUUUAGAUUUUAUUUUCUCUAACACCACAAAGUACGAGGCGCGCACGCGCUAGCGUGUUCAGCAAGCAACGCUCGAAAAACAAUGCGAUCCGUUGAAGGACAGAACUAGAGAGCAUUAGUUGUUGAGUUCUUAUUCUCUUGAUAAGGUAUCGACUAGAGUAGCAGUAUGAUAUCAUCAAUUAUUAUGUUCACAAGAAAAAAAAUAGAAACAAGAAAAAUCAAGCGAUGCAAUUCACAAGACUUUACCUGGGCAAUGUGAAAGCUAAAUGAAUAUAUAUUGUAGUUAAUCGAAA